GGAGGAUGGUGUCCCAGCUGAGCGCCCUGCAACGGGAGCUGCUGGGCGCCCUGCUCAGCUCCGGGGCCACCAAGGAGGGGCUGAUCCGCGCCCUGGAGGACAUGGUGCCCGCCGCCGGCUUCGGCGUCAAGCUGGAGAGCCUUCCGCUGUCUCCCGGCGGGGCCCCCGACGGCAGGGCCGGCCUCCCGCCGCUGGCCAACGGGCACGGCAAGGGCAAGCUCUCGGGCGACGAGGGCUCCGAGGACGGCGACGACUUUGACACGCCGCAGAUCCUCCGCGAGCUGCAGUCGCUCAACACCGAGGAGGCCGUGGAGCAGCGGGCGGAGGUGGAGAGGAUGAUCAGCGAGGACCCGUGGCGGGCAGCGAAGAUGAUCAAGGGCUACAUGCAGCAGCACAACAUCCCGCAGCGGGAGGUGGUGGAUGUCACCGGCCUCAACCAGUCCCACCUCUCCCAGCACCUCAACAAGGGCACCCCCAUGAAGACGCAGAAGAGAGCUGCCCUGUACACGUGGUACGUCCGCAAGCAGCGGGAGAUCCUCCGCCAGUUCAAUCAGCAGAACCAGGGGGCUGCCCAGCUCGACGACGCCUGCUCUGAAACCCCCAGCAAGAAGAUGCGGCGCAAUCGGUUCAAGUGGGGGCCGGCCUCCCAGCAAAUCUUGUACCAAGCCUACGAGCGCCAGAAGAACCCCAGCAAGGAGGAGAGGGAGACCCUGGUGGAGGAGUGCAACAGGGCCGAGUGUCUGCAGCGAGGAGUGUCCCCCUCCAAGGCUCACGGGCUGGGCUCCAACCUGGUGACGGAGGUCCGUGUGUACAACUGGUUUGCCAACCGGCGCAAGGAGGAGGCUUUCCGCCAGAAACUGGCCAUGGACGCCUACAGCUCGGGCCAGCCCCCGCACAGCAUGAACCUGCUGCUGGCCCACGGCUCCCCGCACCACAGCCAGCCCAGCGCCUCCCCGCCCAGCAAAAUGCCAGGGGUGCGGUACGGCCAGGCGGCGAGCGGCGAGGUGACGUCCUCGGGGGCCAUCGGCCACCACGGCAGCGGCGCCAUGGUCACCAGCAGCCAGGCUGUCCUGCAGCAGGUCUCCCCGGCCGGCCUGGACCCCGGCCACGGUUUGCUCUCUCCCGAAGGUAAAAUGAUCUCCGUGUCGGGGGGCGGGCUGCCCCCGGUGAGCACCCUGACCAACAUCCACAGCCUGUCCCACCACAACCCGCAGCAGUCCCAGAACCUCAUCAUGACGCCGCUCUCGGGAGUCAUGGCCAUCGCCCAGAGUCUGAACACCUCGCAGGCUCAGAGUGUCCCCGUCAUCAACAGCGUGGCUGGCAGCCUGGCAGCGCUGCAGCCGGUGCAGUUCUCCCAGCAGCUGCACAGCCCGCACCAGCAGCCGCUGAUGCAGCAGUCCCCGGGCCACAUGGCGCAGCAGCCCUUCAUGGCCACCGUCACCCAGCUGCAGAACUCACACAUGUACCCACACAAACAGGAGCCUCCCCAGUACUCCCACACCUCCCGCUUCCCCUCGGCCAUGGUGGUGACGGACACCAGCAGCAUCAGCACGCUCACCAACAUGUCUUCCAGCAAGCAGUGUCCCCUGCAAGCCUGGUGAUGCUGCACCCCUCGCUGCUUUCGCACACAGCAGCGGGAUCUUCUUUUCCACACCAUCCCCCCGGAGCCCGGGGGUCGCUGCCGGAGCGGAGCCCAUCAGCGAGAGCGGCACCGGGACCGGGACCGGGGCCGGGACCGGGACCGGGACCGCCGCUCCUCCCUCCGCGGCACCGGGAUGUGUCCGGGGAUCGUUCUGCUGAAGUAUUCGCCUUGCGAGAGGCUCUCCCGAGGAACGAGGCACGAGCUGUGCCGGGCACUGGCAGAAGGGGAAGAUGGAUCAUGGUUGAAGUGAAACUCCUCCGCUCGCACUGAGAGGGACCGGGGUCUGUUACCUGGCGUUUGGAGGGAGGAAUUGCAUGUGUUGUUGAACUGAGCCAGUUAAACUGUAAAUAUAGGUACAGUCUGCUCCAUCCUCCCCCCUCCCCUCUCCUAUACAUAGAGAUUUAUAUAAAAAAAGAAGUAAAUUUUGUCCAAUGGAUGUAAACUACUGUAAUUAAGUGCAAUUCCCCCAUCUGUAUAUAUUGGUCCUGAAUAUCUUCUUUUUCUCUUUUUUUUUUAUGGUAAAGGUCAGAGCUGA